AUGUCAGAAGUGGAUGCAGAAAUGAGGGCUGAAUUGGCAGCAUUGAAGUUAGAAAAUGCAGUUCUUAGAAAACAACUGGCUUCCAACAACAACAAGAAUGGUACAUCGGAUUCCCCACAUCCUUUGUCUCUGGAAGAAUACAGGAGAUAUGGUAGACAAAUGAUCGUUGAAGAUAUUGGAGGUCUGAAGUCACAGUUGAAAUUGAAAGCUGCUAAGGUGUUGGUCAUUGGUGCAGGUGGAUUAGGUUGUCCCGCAUUGCCUUAUUUAACAGGUGCCGGAGUUGGAACCAUCGGAAUUGUGGACAAUGAUGUAGUCGAUACUUCCAAUUUGCAUAGACAAGUACUACACGACUCAACUAAAGUUGGGAUGCUAAAAUGUGAAUCUGCCAAACAAGUUUUGAAUAAAUUAAAUCCUCAUGUGGAGAUCGUAACGUAUCCUGUCAGAUUGGAUUAUAGCAAUGCAUUUGAAAUUUUUGAGAAAUAUGACUGUGUCUUAGAUUGUACUGAUACACCAUUGACCAGAUAUUUAAUUAGUGACGUUGCAGUAAAUGUGGGUAUCCCAGUAGUUUCUGCGUCCGGUGUCGGCACUGAAGGUCAAUUAACGAUCUUAAAUUUCCAAAAUGAAGGACCUUGUUAUAGGUGUUUCUUCCCAACACCACCACCUCCAACUUCUGUCUCUUCUUGUUCUGAGGGUGGUGUUAUUGGACCAUGUAUCGGACUGGUUGGAACUAUGAUGGCUAUAGAAACCAUUAAGGUGAUAAUAGGAUCAUAUACCAGUGAGAAUUUCAAACCUUUCUUAAUGAUGUAUUCUGGUUUCCCUCAACAAACUUUACGUACUUUUAAGAUGAGGGGUAGACAGAGCAAGUGCCUUACUUGUGGGGAUCAUCCUACAAUUAACAAGGAAGCAAUUCAAUCUGGAUCCAUUAAUUAUGAGUUAUUCUGUGGUUCCAGGAACUAUAACGUUUGUGAGCCUGAUGAAAGAAUGUCAGUCCAAGAUUUUGAAAAGCAUCGCGAAGGCCCUAACGAUGUAAUUUUAUUAGAUGUAAGGCCUUCUCAUCAUUAUGAAAUUUCCCAUUUUGCAAAUACUUUUAAUAUUCCAGUAAAAAAAUUAAGAAAUAUGGAUGGAUCCAUGGCAAAACUUCAAGAUGAAAUACCAAGAAUUAAGCAGGAUAGUGAAGUGGUCGUGCUCUGUCGCUAUGGUAACGAUUCUCAGAUUGCUACAAGACUGUUGAAAGAUGAAUUCAAGAUACCUAAUGUGAGAGAUGUCAAAGGUGGGUUCUUCAAGUAUAUUGAUGAAAUUGAUCCUUCUAUUCCAAAAUAUUGA